CCAAAGAGCCGUUACAGCUUGUCAAUGGGACAGAUGGUCGGGCGAUCCCAGCGGCCAACAAAGCUUGCAGAGAGACUGGGCUCCUUAAUGCUGCUCCGAGGGGGCAUGUACUAGCGGCGAGGCGGCUUUUCCUUCAGACCCACACUGUGCUCGUUCGUCAGAGAAGACGCUCUACUGAGGUCACUGAGCCCCGGGGGCGAGACUGGUCCGCCGCUAUAUAAUCUUCCCUGCUCGGUGGAAGAAACCAGCGCACCAAAUCAGCUAACGAGAUAAAGCAAACAUACACUGAACAAGCAAACAUGGUGAAGAUCACUUUCCAGACAGUUUCGGCGCAGAAGCCCGAAAAAGAGAUCGAUGGAGACAAGAUCAUUAUACCUCAGGCUCACGAGCAGCAGGUUCUUCCUGUCAGGCCCAAGAAGCCUUUUCCAACCGGCCUCUGCUGCCUCACCUUUGGCCUGGUGGUCUUCAUGUCAGGACUGGUGCUGGCCUCUAUUUAUGUCUAUCGCUACUACUUUAUACCUCAGCAGAUCCCAGAAGACAGCUUGUUCCACUGCCGGGUUGUCUACGAGGACUCUGUGUACGCUCCUCUGAGGGGCCGGCAAGAACUCGAGGAGAAUGUUGGCAUCUACCUUGACGACAACUACGAGCAGAUCAGUGUACCUGUGCCACACUUUGGAGGCAGUGACCCCGCUGAUAUCAUCCACGACUUUCAGAGGGGCCUCACAGCUUAUCAUGACAUUGCUUUGGACAAAUGCUACAUCACUGAGCUGAACACAACCUUGGUGAUGCCUCCACGGAACCUGUGGGAGUUGCUCGUCAAUGUCAAGAGAGGGACGUACCUUCCACAGACUUACAUCAUCCAGGAGGAGAUGAUGGUGACAGGGAGGGUGAGGAACAUGAGGCAGCUGGGCCCCUUCAUCCACAGACUCUGCUACGGCAAAGAAACCUACCGCCUCAGACGCCGCAACCAGCACAGGCGUAUUGAGAGGCGUGAGACAAAGAGGUGCCACAGCAUUCGUCACUUCGAGAACACUUUUGUGGUUGAGACCGUCAUCUGCGACAGGGUCUGAAUCUGAGGCGGAAAUCACAGCCAUCCAACUCUGAAGCCAGUUUCAAACCAUACCUCUUGAAUUCUUUAGGCUUUUAAUUGCACUUUAAGAGCAAGUAUCUGUCCCAACAGUUUUAAUGUUUGUUUUUUUAAGUUGAAAAUGCUCUAUUAUUGUUCAUGUACAAUGUUAAUGUCUUUUUUUAUUCAGACAGUCUGUGUAUGUGGAUGAUGUUAUAAAUGUGUUUUGGAUAUAUCUGUCACGCUGUGCAUAAGAUGUUAAUGUGUGUCAGUUUGUGACAUUUACAUGAGAAGGCUUGAUUUAAUUUAAUUUUACACUUCAUGUCAUUUUUAUUUAUUGUUUAGUAACCCAGUGCACUGUGGGUGAUGGUAAGCAUACUUAAAAACUGCUUGCAUGGUACACUUAUGUUGUAAUUCAUUUCUUGUUUUGUUCUUUUAUUUUGUUUGAAUGUAGGAAAAUGGCGAAACAUACCUCAUGUAGUUUAGACGUUUCUUUGCUGGUUUGUAUCAUUAAUGAUUGGUGUAUAUAACUGAUCGUUCCUAAGCAAUAUAUACUGUAAAUUGAUUUUCUUCUGGAUUUCAUAUUGUUACAUGCAUAGAUUUUUAUCUAAAAUCAACUUUUUUUUGUCAACGAUUUCUUUAUGGUUUGUCUCUUUAUUUACUUUGGAAUCACACUUUCCUACUCCUUGGAUAUAAUGGCUUUAGACUGUAAUUAGUAGCAGUGCUUUAGAGGGACAGAAGGAACCAAAGUCUGCAGUCAGCAAUGCUAUGCUUAGUGUUAAUGAUGUAUGAAAUAUUUAGAAAGAAUGUUUUUUAGUUUAGAUCACCUUCUGAAGAUGAUAUCAAAGGCUAAAACUCAUUUUGUCUUGCUCUUCCUCCUCUUCACUUGGAUUUUGCCUGUUUUAGCUCUCGCCAGUUCACAAUCCUUCCUAUUUUGGCAUUAUAAUCUGUACAAUGUUAAUUUGUCCCAAUUUGAAAAAGAUUUGGGGUGUCUUUCUAAUGUACAACCUGGAGCAAAUAAGUCUCUGUUGAGAGAGAGACCUGUGAUACGUGCGCAUAUUUCCCCAUCCUAAUUACCUUAUUUCGUUGUACAGUCGAUUUUUCUUGUAAUAUCUUGCUGCUUUAAGAAUAAAUGAUAAAUUAAC